AAGUACUUGCCGUACGGCUAGGCUGGCUCACUGGGCUGGCUAGGCAGUCAGCGCCGGCAUGGUAACAGCGGCGCUCGAUAAAGCUUGCCAACACAGCCACACAGCCUCCGACUUGAGUCAGUGAGUGCCAACGUCGAUCACCUACGGAUGUAAGGCGCUCUCGAGAGGCGUCCCACGACUUCGGCGAGCGUUACAUCUGGGCGAUCCGCGCGCCCGUCUCCGCCGAGAUCCGCCGAUUCCGUGUUCCGAUCGCUGAGUCGGAAGGCCAGGAAUGCCGCCCACGACCAACGUCACCAUAGAAUGGUGGAAUAACUUCGAACGUGUCAGCUAGUUCUGAAAGACAAGAUAGCUGCACUGGGCAGCUAAAUCAACAACCAAUCGGGAGGGCUCCUGGUCAAACAGAAGAGGUGCAUCACAACACUUCCGUUUGCAAGACAUCUGCCUGAAUCUCCCUCAAUCCACGGUUGCUGAAGCUAUCUGCCAAGAUAGACCAGCCUCCAGCAAAAUAAUGCUGAACACUGCUCAUGGCUACAGCGUGCAAAAUCCCGCUGAAGAGCAUUCGCAAGCCGUGAAACCCGAACCUUAAAAAACCCAGUUUCCGAGUGAUUUGGUUCUCACCAAAAAAACUUGCUGAGUCAGCCGAAAGGCAGUUGCAGAGGUGCUGUGCUGCUAAGCCAGUGGGGUUAAAACACUGCAUCACCAUGACGAUCACAUACUCACUCAACGUUUCUGAGGCCCGGCUGUGUGGGUUCGCCAAAUUGCUGCUGCGCUGGCGCGGCAGCAUCUACAAGCUUCUCUACCGAGAGAUGAUCAUCUUCUGUACACUUUACUUCACUCUCAGUGCGCUCUAUCGGCACAUCCUCAACGACGAUCAAAAGAUGGUCUUUGAGAGUCUGGCCAAGUACUGCGAGAAGUUCACGGACCUGAUCCCGCUGUCCUUUGUGCUGGGCUUCUACGUGUCCAUUGUGGUCGGCCGCUGGUGGCAGCAGUACCUCAGCGUGCCCUGGCCGGACAAGGCGGUGAUGGCGAUAGCGGCGUAUGUGAAUGGCACGGACGAGCGUGGGCGGGUGAUUCGACGGACCCUGGCUCGCUACCUGUCCCUGCUGUCGGCACUCACCUUCCAGGGAGUGAGCACCGCCGUCAAGAAGCGCUUCCCCACUCUCGACCACAUGGAGGAGGCCGGCCUGAUGACCAAGGAGGAGCGCCGGGUGUAUGACUCCAUCCCGGUGUCGCACGGCAAGUGGUGGGUGCCCGCCCAGUGGUUUGUGGCCCUGGCCGUGCGGGCACGCAAGGAGGGGCGCAUCAAGGACGACAUGCUGCUCAAGCACCUGCUCCAGGAGAUGCACGAGUUCCGGGGCUGCUGCGGCAUGCUGUUCAGCUACGACUGGAUCAGCAUCCCGCUGGUGUACACCCAGGUGGUAACGCUGGCCAUCUACACCUACUUUCUGGCCACUGUCAUGGGACGCCAGUACCUGCGCUCCUCCGGGGAGGACCGCGAGAUUGACCUCUACAUCCCGGUCUUCACAAUGCUCCAGUUCUUCUUCUACAUGGGCUGGCUCAAGGUGGCUGAACAACUCAUCAAUCCUUUCGGAGAGGACGACGAUGACUUCGAGCUUAACUGGUGCCUUGACCGCAACCUGCAGGUGUCGUUCCAGAUUGUGGACGACAUGCACCAGCGGCACCCGCGCCUGGUGCGGGACAUCUACUGGGACGAGGCGGAGCCGCAGCUGCCCUACACCAAGUCGUCGGUGAACCUGCGCACACAGCCGCAUCUCGGCUCUGCCAUGACGCUCGAUGUGGACCCCGAGGAGGCGGAGUUUGUGCCCAUGGAGACCAUCAUGGAGGAGGACCACGACGACCACAAGUACACCAGCCCCCCCACCUCGCCUCCCGUCGUGGAGGCACUUGGCCUCGGACACCUCCUGCUCCAGCCGGAGCCAGCCGGCCCGCACGACUGGGCACGUGCCCCGCCCACCUCGGACAACCAGACGCAGACCGGGCUGCGCCGCACGGGCAGCCGCCUGCUCAACCUCAUCAUGGGCAACAGCAGCGACAGCUUGCCACAGACGCCCAAGGCCAAGGAAGGGCAGCCCCUGGUGCCCCACUUCGUCGUGCGCCAACCCUCCAACCGGCGCUCGUCCCGCACGGUCUCUCUGGCCGAAGGGCUCGACCACCGCAGCGACUUUGCCGCCGAGGAGCGCAAGUCGCUGCUCCGCGAGGACGCGGCGCUCAGGGCAGCCGAGGCAGAGUCCAUCGUGGUGGACCUGGUGCCGACGGACGACGCCGGCAGCCGCCCCGCCGAGCAGGACAAAAAGGCGGAGCAAGAGGCGGAGCCGUCGCCCUACGAACCCAACUCGUCCACCGAGAGUCUGGUCCCGGACAGCCAGUGCAGCGGCGACAGUUACACCCAGCUCAUCUCCAAGUAGGCUCUUCUGCCGACGGACCUUUGUGGGGUGGACACGUUGCCUCAGCUGGUUCCAUUUUUGUUCCUGGGAGUGGCAGACCUGCUCGUUCUGCGGCCGGGCAGUUGCCCCUUGCCUCCUGCGACGAAGUUCGUUUCCACUUUGGGACCAUUUUUGACGCACGGGCAGAUGCUAAACGCACCAGUCCGGAAUUGUGCGCUACGACACGUCGAAAAGGUUGCGUCCAAAUUCGGCCCCCGUCGACAUCCUUGGAGCGUUUUGGUAAUCCGGAGCCUCAACAGACUGUUCUGGUUUCACAUGGAAAUGUCGACGGCGUGCAAGCUGUUAAAAGUGAGCGACCCCUGAACUUGGGGUGAGAGGUCUGGGAAGGGUUAUGUUUGUGCGAGUGUGUGGUGGCCAGUGACAAGUUCCACCGACUUGGAGCGAAGAAGCGUGGAUGUGCCGACGUGGUGCUCGUGGAGCGUGUACCCGGGUUCCCCAGUGUCAGUCCCCCAUAUACAGGGCCCCCCAGUUAGAUCACAUUCCGAGAUGAGCUGCCAGAGCCAUCCGCAGCAGAGUGCAUCCUAUUUAUACCGCAAGUGCUGACCAGCGUGGAACUUAGGGGAGCCCACUGAGCAGUCGGGCGCGAGGUAAUCUCAACGCUCGCAAUUUUCGGAAUAUGAGGCCCAACGGGAAGAAUGUGCACGUUGGGUCGGUCCGGUGUUGGCUACUCUCGCGAGCCACUUUGCAAGUCCGCAUGUUUGCGGGCAAAGCUUUCCCGGUCUCUCGGGAAGUUCCUAUCAUCCGCAGUCGCAAGCCCAGCUUGCGUGUGGGCAACGCUGUGCCCCGAGUGAACGCUUAUUUGCAUUUCGUUGUCCCUGUGAUCUUUUUUCGUUGUUUCCAUCGCGAUGGAUCUUUUACAUCCAGUUAUUUGUGCGAGCCUGGUCGGUUUCUUUGAGCUCGAAAGGUUGUUAGGUCGAGGAACAAUGCGUACAGGGUCGCAUGUUCGGUUCGUUUGUACAGGGAGAUAUGUCGAGAUUGCAUCUCAUUUUUAUCAUUGCGAAGCUGUUACUGCGACUCCUCCCAAACACAGACACAAGGUGGUGUAGCCUCAAGCGACGUUAACUGACGAGUAAUCUGAAACUAAAAAGAGCCCGUCACCGUUUCAACGGUCGUUUAUAGGCAAGUUCGCACCCCAUUCCUUAACCCCUGUAUGCACGUGGAACAUUGCAUAGUGGGAUAGCAAUUUUCUACACUCAAACUAUUUUUUGGCAAACAGCCUCAUAAGGAGUCGGAUGACUUUUGGAAACGGGUACGAGGGUUGCACUGAAGGCUAGCCAUUGUUCCUGCAGAAAGCAUACUAGGUGGUUGAGACUAGUGUUGACAGAAACCUUACGUAAUAUAAGCCGCUUGGUAGUUUCAGCCACACCCGAUAAAAUCGUCACAUAUACCGAGACUUAAAUGAGACUGUCGUUGGUAUGGUCACACAACUGUCACCUCCCACGCUAGUGCUAUGGCCACUAUAGUUUAAUGCCUGCAGAGCCAACAAAAUCUGCUAAAUUUGGCGGACAAUGUCUCGCCCGCCAAAUCUGGGGGAUUGUCUGGCAACCUUUCUCGCGUCUUGCUUUUGCAUAUCACAUUUGCACCGCGCAACCUCGCCAAACAUAUUCCAGAUUAAAAGCUUGUUUAUCUUUCGACAGCGCCUCGAUAUGCCUCGCUUCUACAGUCGACUCUCAUUAAUUCAAACUUGCGGAUAAUUCAAACUAACAUGCAGGUCCCAUCCUAUGCGUCUAUGGGAGGAAACUCCCAGUAAUUCAUACUUUGCUUUAUUCUAACAAAUUUUGAGCCACCCCUCGAGUUUGAAUUAACGAGAUUUGACUGUACUCGAGUACCCACAGCUGUUGGUGCUCUUAAAUGCUUUUGCAGUUGGGGAAGAUCCCAUGUUGUUUGCGUGAUAAACUAAAACUCAUCAUGUGAUUGUUGCAAGGGACUGCAAACCUCCCCAUAGUUGUUUGCUUCAUAGCCUUGGCAUAGGUUCGAGAGUCCCCAUAGGCAAACCUGCGUCACAAAGAUCAAGUUUGUAUAAAAGUAACUGCACUAGAUGUUACCUAGCCGAGUUCCGGUGAUACGCUAUUCCACUUCCCUCACUGCACACGCGUCCCCCCCCGAUAUUUAAUGUUUCCGUCAAUUGACUCGUGCACCAAUGUGCCCGCUCGAGUUUGUUCGGAUUUAUGUUGGUAUAUCAGUGGCACACGUGCCACUGGCGUUUUCAAAUGAACAUUUUUUAUCCCUCUAUAGUUGUCUUACUUACCUAGAGGCAUGUCAAAUUUGAAAACGACAAUAAAGACUAUGCCAAAAGUU